CCAAGGACAAGAAGAAUUCUGACACUCCAAAAGCUGGUGGACGGGGUGAGUCGGCGACGGACGAAGUUCAGCUUUUAACCCGACCUGCGCCUGCGCUAUAGCUACAGGAUUUUCUCUGACUGAUCUUCUGGGGUGGGGUGGGAUUGAUCCAGUAAGUGGUGAUGGAUGAUUCCCAGAAAUGGAUUAUUGUUGUUUUCUUAACAAUCUUGAGUUUGCAUGUUUGUGCCAUGGCUGCCGAUGAUUUUGAUGUGAAUUUUGAAUGGCAUAACUGCGGAGAGAAUGGGACUUACACUGGAGGCAGCCCAUACGGCAUCAACCUUAACACACUUGUGUCAUCCCUCUCAGACAAACUAAAUAACUACGGAUUCUAUAAUGGUUCCAUUGGGGAAGACUCAGAGAGGGCUAGCGCUAUUGCGCUGUGCAGAGGGGAUGCCGACAUUAAUCUAUGUCGUACCUGUGUUAAGGAAACUGCUGGGAGGAUUAUAGAUUUGUGUCCUACUCAGAAGGAGGCAUUCGGGUGGUACAACAUCUGCAGUAUAUAUUACUCAGAUAAAUCUAUCAUAGGCGGUUCUUGGCAAACCGCUCCUGUGAAAGAACAAAAUAGUAACAUCACUCAUGAGAAUGCUGUUGAGUUCAAUGAAGAUUUGGCAAAGCUGGUAAACAGGCUACGAGGAACAGCUGCAAAUGGCGAUCAAUUCCUCAAGUAUGCUGCUGAUAGUAUACCCGGACCAGGUUCCCAGACCAUAUAUGCGUAUAUGCAGUGCACCCCUGAUUUAUCUGUUCAAGAUUGCACUGAUUGUCUAAACAAUGCCACCACUGUAUGGAAUAACUCCGAUGGCAAAGGCAAGAUUGGGGCGAGAGUACUGCGUCCCAACUGCUUUUUCCGCUAUGAGAAUAGCACUUUCUUCAGUAACACCCUCAUAAAUCAAUCUGUUUCAACAUCUCCACCUCCACCACCACCGCCACCACCACCAGGGCCAGAUGGUAAUAAUAAAACAGUCAUCAUUAUUGUUGUUUGCAUUGCUGCGGGUCUUAUGGGAAUUGCUAUAUGCAUUUUUAUCAUCUAUAGAAAGUUGCAGAAAAGGAAGGCCAAUAGCUAUGUGAAGACUAUGGAAGAAAUUAGCUCUACUGAUGAAAUUAGUGUUGUGGAGUCUUUGAAAUAUGACUUGAUUACCCUACAAAAUGCAACAAAUAAUUUCUCUGAAGCAAAUAAGUUAGGAGAAGGAGGAUUUGGGCCAGUAUACAAGGGUAAACUUGAAAACAGACUAGAAGUUGCUGUGAAGAGGUUAUCUGAAAAUUCAAGGCAAGGUAAUCUAGAAUUUAAAAAUGAGGUGGCAUUAAUGGCUAGACUUCAACAUAGAAAUUUGGUGAGGCUGCUUGGUUACUGCCAAGAAGGAAGAGAAAUUAUUCUUAUUUAUGAAUUUGUUCCCAAGGGCGGCCUUGACAAUAUUUUAUUUGAUCCUGUAAAACGUGGAUGUUUGGAUUGGGGGAGACGCUACAAGAUCAUAGAAAGCAUUGCUAGAGGACUUGUGUAUAUGCACGAAGACUCUCGUCUUCGCAUUAUUCAUCGUGAUCUCAAAGCUAGUAAUAUUCUUCUAGAUGUAGAUUUGAACCCAAAGAUUGCUGAUUUUGGCGCAGCUACGUUGUUUACUUUAGAUGAAACUCAAGGCUCUACAAGCAGAAUCGUUGGUACCUAUGGAUAUAUGCCACCGGAGUAUGUAUGUCAAGGCCUAUUUUAUGUUAGAUCAGACGUAUAUAGUUUUGGAGUGUUAGUCUUGGAAAUUAUAAGUGGAGAGAAGAAUACCCGUUUUCAAAACGAAGAAUCUAUGAAAGACCUUGUGAGCUAUGCUUGGAGUCAUUGGAAAAGCGGGUCUGCUUCAAAUGUGAUAGAUCCAAUGCUAAGAGGUACAUCAAGUCCAGUGCAUGAGAUAACAAAAUGCAUCCACAUUGCGUUGUUGUGCGUUCAAGAAAAUGUUUCAGACAGACCAACAAUGGGUGAAGUUCUUCAAAUGCUAAGUAACUUAACCAUGACCCUUCCAAUACCUAUAGCCCCAGGAUUUUUUAUCCAUAGCAACAUUAAUUUAGAGGCGUCGAACCAGUCGUAUACCAAAAAUGAGAUGUCAAUUAGUGAGCAGUUUCCCAGGAAAAUGCAGAAGAAGAAGGCCAAAAGCUAUGUGAAGACUGUGGAAGAAUCUAGCUCGAGUGUUGAAAUUAGUCAUGUGGAGUCUCAUUUCAAAUAUGAAUUGAUUACUAUACAAAAUGCAACAAAUAACUUCUCUGAAGCAAACAAGUUAGGAGGUGGGAGAUAUUGGCUAGUAUACAAGGGAAAACUUGAAAAUGGACUAAAAGUUGUUGUGAAGAGGUUAUGGAAAUAUUCAAAGCAAGGUAAUUUUCAAUUUAAAAAUGAGGUGACUUUAAUAGCUAAGCUUCAACACAGGAAUUUGGUGAGGCUAUUUGGUUAUUGUCAAGAAGGAAGAGAAAUGAUUCUUGUCUAUGAAUUUCUUUCCAAUGGUGGCCUUGACGGAUUUUUAUUUGAUCCUGUAAAACGUGGAUGUUUGAAUUGGAAGAGACGUUACAAAAUAAUAGAAUGCAUUGCCAGAGGGCUUAUUUAUCUGCACGAAGGUUCUCCUAUUCGCAUUAUUCAUCGGAAUCUCAAUGCUAGUAAUGUUCUGCUAGAUGAAGAUUUAAACCCAAAGAUCGUGGACUUUGACAUGGCCAAGUUGUUUGCUUUAGACAAAACCCACGACUCUUCAAACAUAACCAGCGGAUAUAUAGCACCAGAGUAUGAGUUGCAGGGUGAAAUUUCUGUUAAAACAGACGUAUAUAGUUUUGGAGUGUUAGUCUUGGAAAUCAUAAGCGGACAGAAAUUUGUCAGAUUUCAAAAUGAAGAAUAUAUGAAUAACCUUUUAAGCUAUGCUUGGACACAUUGGAAAGGUGAAUCUGCUUCAAAUGUGAUAGAUCCAAUGCUAAGUGGUAUAUCAGGAUGUCCAGUGCAUGAGAUAACCAAAUGCAUCCACAUUGCCUUGCUGUGUGUUCAAGAAAAUGUUCCAGAUAGACCAAAAAUGGCUGAAAUUCUUCAAAUGCUAAGUAACUUAUCUAUGAGCCUUCCAGUACCUCUAGCCCCAGGGUUUUUUAGGAAAAUGCAGAAGAAGAAGACCAAAAGCUAUGCGAAGACUGUGGAAGAAUCUAGCUCAAGUGUUGAAAUUAGUCAUGUGGAGUCUCGUCUAAAAUAUGAAUUGAUUACCAUACAAAAUGCAACAAAUAACUUCUCUGAAGCAAACGAGUUAGCAGAAGGGGGAUUUGGGCUAGUAUACAAGGGAAAACUUGAAAAUGGAAUAGAAGUUGCUGUGAAGAGGCUUUUGAAAUAUUCAUGGCAAACUAAUCUUGAAUUUAAAAGUGAGGUGGCUUUAAAUGCUAGGCUUCAACACAAGAAUUUGGUGAGGCUAUUUGGUUACUGCCAAGAAGGAAGAGAAAGGAUUCUUGUCUAUGAAUUUUGUCCAAAUGGCAACCUUCUAAAAUUUUUAUUUGAUCUGGUAAAACGUGGAUAUUUGGAUUGGGGGAGACGCUACAAAAUAAUAGAAGGCAUUGGCAAAGGGCUUGUUUAUUUGCACGAAGACUCUCGUCUUCGCAUUGUACAUCACGAUGUCAAAGCUAGUAAAAUUUUGCUAGAUGUAGAUUUGAACCCAAAAAUAACAGAUUUUUACAUUGCCCGGUUGUUUUCUUUGGAUGAAACUCACUGUGAAGACAAAGCUUUGGCGGGAACUCUUGGAUAUAUGGCACCAGAAUAUCUAUUGUGGCGUGAACUUUCUGUUAAAUCAGACGUAUAUAGUUUUGGAGUGUUAAUCUUGGAAAUUAUAAGUGGACAAAGAUGUUUCAAUUUUCAAAAUGGAGAAUCUAUGAAUGACCUUCUAGGCUAUGCUUGGACACAUUUGAAAGGUGGGUCUGCUUCAAAUGUGAUAGAUCCGACACUAAGAGCUGUAUCAAGUCCACUGCAUGAGAUAACAAAAUGCAUCCAUAUUGCCUUGCUAUGUGUUCAAGAAAAUGUUGCAGAUAGACCAAAAAUGGUUGAAGUUCUUCAAAUGCUAAGAAACUUAUCUAUGAGCCUUCCCGUACCCUUAGCCCCUGGACUUUUUAUUCAUGGCGGCAUCAGUUCAGAGGCUUCAAGCAAGUUUACCAAAAAUGUGAAGUCAAUUAGUGAUCAAUAUCACAGACUUAUCGUUAUUGCUAUUUGCUUUUUAACCGUCUUUAGGAAAAUGCAGAAGAAGGCCAAAAGCUAUACAAAGACUGUGGAAGAAUCUAGCUCGGGUGAUGAAAUUAGUCCUGUAGACUCUCACCUGAAAUAUGAAUUGAUUACCAUACAAACUGCAACUGAUAACUUCUCUAAAGCAAACAAGUUAGGAGAAGGACGUUUUGGUGCUCUAUACAAGGGUAAACUUGAAAACAGACAGUUAGUUGCUGCGAAGAGGUUGUCCGAAAAUUCAAGGCAAGUUAAUCUAGAAUUUAAAAACGAGAUAGCUUUAAUUGCUAGGCUUCAACACAGGAAUUUGGUGAGGCUGCAUGGUUACUGCCAGGAAGGAAGGACAAAGAUUCUUGUCUAUGAAUUUGUUCCCAAUGGUGGCCUUGACAGCAUUUUAUUUGAUCCUGUAAAACGUGGAUGUUUGGAUUGGGGGAGACGCUACAAAAUCAUAGAGAGCAUUGCCAGGGGGCUUGUUUAUUUGCAUGAAGGCUCUCAUCAUCGCAUUAUCCAUUGCAAUCUCAAAGCUAGUAACAUUCUGCUAGAUGUGGAUUUGAACCCAAAAAUUGCAGACUUUGGCAUGGCCAGGUUGUUUGCUUUAGACGAAACCCAUGGCUCUACAAACUUAAUCAUGGGAACCUAUGGAUAUAUAUCACCAGAGUAUGCAUUGUGUGGCCAAUUUUCUGUUAAAUCAGAUGUAUACAGUUUUGGAGUGUUAGUCUUGGAAAUUAUAAGCGGUCAGAAAAGUAGCAAUUUUCAAAAUGGAGAAUCUAUAGAAGACCUUCUAAGCUAUGCUUGGACACAUUUUAAAAGUGGUGCUGCUUCAAAUGUGAUAGAUCCGAUGUUGAGAGCUGUAUCAAGUCCAGUUCAUGAGAUAACAAAAUGCAUCCACAUUGCCUUGCUGUGUGUUCAAGAAAGUGUUGUAGAUAGACCAACAAUGGUUGAAGUUCUUCAAAUGCUAAGCAACUUAUCUAUGAGCCUUCCAGUACCUUUAGCCCCUGGGUUUUUUAUUCAUGGCAACGUAAAUAUAGAGGCUUCAAGCCAGUUUACAAAAAGUGAGAUGUCAAAUAGUAGUGAUCAAUAUCCCAGGAACAUGCAGAAGAGGAAAGCCAAUAGUUAUGCGAAGAUUAGUGCUCUGGAGUCUCUUAAAUAUGAUUUCAAAACCAUACAAAAUGGAACAGAUAACUUCUCAGAGGCAAACAUGGUAGGAAUAGGAAUUUUGGGUCCUGUAUACAAGUGUAAACUUGAAAACGGACUGGAAGUUGUUGCAAAGAGGUGUUCUGAAAAUUCAUGGCUAGGUAGGCAAGAAUUUAAAAAUGAGGUGUCUUUAUUAGCCAAGCUUCAACACAGAAACUUUGUGAGGCUGCUUGGUUUCUGCCAGGAAGGAAAAGAAAUGCUUCUUGUCUAUGAAUUUGUUCGCAAUGGUGCCCUUGACCAAUUUUUAUUUGAUCCAAUAAAACGUGGAUAUUUGGAUUGGGGGAGGCGCUACAAAAUUAUAGAAAGCACUGCCAAAGGACUUGUUUAUUUGCAUGAAGAAUCUUGUAUUCGCAUGAUUCAUCGCGAUCUCAAAGCUAGUAACAUUCUACUCGACGCAGAUUUGAUCCCAAAAAUUACAAACUUAAGCUUGGCUUGGUUGCUUGCUUUAGACGAAACCCAUGGCUCUACAGAUCAAGUUGUGGGAACCAUGGGAUAUAUGGCACCAGAGUAUAUGUUGCAGGGUAAAUUUUCUAUUAGAUCAGACGUAUAUAGUUUUGGAGUGUUAGUCCUCGAAAUUAUAAGUGGACAGAAACAUAGCUAUUAUCAAAAUGGAGAAUUAAUUAAAUACCUUCCGAGCUAUGCUUGGACACAUUGGAAAAACGGGUCUUCUUUAAAUGUGAUAGAUCCAAUGUUGAGAGGUAUAUCAAGUCCUGUGCCUGAUAUAAUUAAAUGCUUCCAAGUCGCGUUGCUGUGUGUUCAAGAAAAGGUUGAAGAUAGACCAACAAUGGGUGAAGUUGUUCAAAUGCUAAGUAACUUAUCUACGAACUUUCCAGUACCCUCAGCCCCUCCAUAUGUCAUUCCUAGCCGCGUAAAUUCAGAUGCUUCAAUCAAUGAGAUGUCAAUUAGUGAUGAUAAUGAGUAUCCCAGAUAUGUUUUGGAAGAAUGAAAUUAAUUUUGUUUUGUCA